GCUAAGCGAGUUGAUCAGCCAAGAUGCCAACCCCAAACGCCUCCAGUUCUUCAGCCAAAGGCUUCCGGCGGGCAGUAUCAGAGCUGGACUCUAAACAAGCCGAGGCCAUCAUGUCUCCACAAUUCAUAGGUAGACGCCAGAGUCUUAUUGAAGAUGCCAGAAAGGAGAGAGAAGCUGCUGCAGCUGCUGCAUCUGAAGCUGCUGAACUGACUGAGACCAUUGUCUUUGAUGAGAAGGAUGGGAUAGCCGUGUUGAAUCUUCUGUUCACACUUAAAGGAGGGAAGACUUCACUGCCAUCUCGUGCACUUAAAAUCUUUGAGAUAAAAUUCAACAUUCCCAACAUCACCAACUCCAUCAUGUCACUUUUUCAUUGGUUUCCAAGAAAAAUUUCGGAGUUAGAUCUAUGUCACCAUUUAGUUACCAAAUUUGACCCUGAUUUGGAUCUGGAUCACCCAGGAUUCUCUGAUGAAGUAUAUCGUGAGCGAAGGAGAAUGAUUGCAGAAAUUGCUUUUCACUAUAAGCAUGGAGACCCAAUUCCUCGAGUUGAAUACACGGAAGAGGAGAUUACUACUUGGAGGGAAGUGUAUAGUACUCUGAAGAGUCUUUAUCCCACUCAUGCUUGCAAAGAACACCUGGAUGCCUUUCAUUUACUGGAGAGGUACAGUGGUUAUAGUGAAAACAACAUCCCUCAGCUGGAGGAUGUCUCUUGCUUCCUGAAAGAGAGAACUGGGUUCCAACUCCGACCAGUAGCUGGCCUUCUCUCAGCUCGGGAUUUCUUAGCCAGUUUAGCCUUCAGGGUGUUUCAAUGCACACAGUACAUCCGGCAUGCUUCUUCUCCCAUGCACUCUCCAGAGCCGGACUGCUGCCAUGAACUUCUGGGACACGUACCGAUGUUGGCUGAUAAGACAUUUGCACAGUUCUCUCAGGACAUUGGACUUGCAUCUUUGGGUGCAACUGACGAGGAGAUUGAAAAACUUUCAACACUUUAUUGGUUCACAGUGGAGUUUGGGCUCUGCAAGCAAAACGGGAUCAUUAAAGCCUAUGGAGCUGGCCUCCUAUCUUCCUAUGGAGAGCUCAUACACUCUUUGUCCGAUGAACCGGAACUAAGGGACUUUGACCCUGAUGUUACGGCCAUGCAACCCUAUCAAGAUCAGACCUAUCAGCCUGUUUAUUUUGUAUCAGAGAGUUUCAAUGAUGCCAAAGCUAAACUCAGGGUCUACGCAGCACAUAUCAAGCGACCUUUUUCUGUGAAAUAUGAUCCUUACACCUACAGUAUUGAGCUCUUGGACCACCCACAGAAGAUCUGCCACUCCCUGGCAAAUGUGCGCGAUGAGCUCCACUCAUUAAUUGAUGCGCUCAAUAUUAUCAGCUAACACAAGAUUUGGACGAGCCUUCCCCCCUGCCCCCCCAAGCCAAUGUCUUUUUUCUGUACCUGCAAACUUGGUUUCCUGCCAUGGCUACUAUUUACUGCACUGUUUGGGCCAACAACGUCUCUAUGAUUUCUUUUAGGGUUUUGUGUUGCUAUCUCAUGCUACAACACCUACGGUGUGAAUUGUGCCCCACGUGCUAUGGUAUGCAGAGCAGACAUUUUAGUGACAAGCUUGGUUGAAGAAAGGAAAGUAAAUGAAGGCUUAGGAGCUUAAUCCUGAAUCCCUUGGGUAUUUUUUAUUAUUAUUAAUAGCGAGGGAUCUGGAUUGGACAGAUGCUAUAAGAAAUAAUUGCACAGCACACUGUAAAUCCCUUUUUAAAGAAAAAGAAAAGCAAUGUGUUCCCAAAACAUUAAUUGUUCCCCAAAAUUAUAUUUUUUAAAACUAUUUAAAAUGUGAGAGAUAAGCACAGAAGAGACCAAAUAGUUUCUUACCCUGCCAGGUUCAAGGCAGUUUAACUCCACUUUAUGAAACUCAGUUCUGCUCAGUUCCCCCCUUGGAAAUGAAAAGAACAAAACACCCAAAUCAAAAGAGACAGAGAGAAGUUUUCAUUUUUGUAGCUCUGAGGAAGGCUUCCAUUAAAGAACUUGGACAAUGUACUAGUUUAUUAUAUUCUUGUUUUUCCUAACCCCCCCUCCCCACUUCAUGAUUUUGCAACAUCUUCUAUGACUUUGUUUUUCCCAGAAAGACCAAACAUUCCAUUAGUAAUUCUCUGUUAUGACCAGAAUUCUCUCAGCCCUUUUGCUUAAAUGGUUUCAGACAGGUACAAGCCUCAGGGGUCUGUCCCACACUAAGAUUGUACUGGUAACAGGAGCUCUGAAGAAUUCCAAGGGAUGACUCAGAACAAGGCCCAAUGAACUUUCCUCAUCUGACUGGAACAUCUUUCUCAUCAUCUCUAAUCUUUCCAUCUGGGAAAAAUUCUUCCAGGAUGAGCAAAGUUUUGACUAAUGCACAUUGGCUACAGUUGUCGGUAGGCUUGUUUUGUGGCCCCCAUGAAGCUCUGUGGAACCUCAGCUUCUCAAAUCCAAAUGAGGUCCAGCACCUCUCAACAAACUGAGCUGACCCCCAUCGGAAUCACAUCUGCAACGCUGCUAAUGCGACCAUGUCACAGCAGCACUUUUAACUCUGCAGCCAAUCCUACGGUGUCCCUAAAUAGGGACUACUUGGCAAAUAGGGAGCGUGGAUUAGAGUCAAGUUCAGGUUCAGGUCUGUUCCCAUUAGUGCCACUUACGGUAAGGAGGAGGCCCCUUGGGAAGCCUAUAUGAAAUAAGUGAUUUCUUCUAAAGGCAGAAUAAUCCACAGAGUUGAGAAUGAAGUCUUCUGAACCCUUAGACCUUUGGCAGCAGCUGUCUGUCCACAAGCCUAGAGUGCUGUGUUGGGUAGAAUGAAUAGCAGGAAAUGGCUAAUGGAUAAUAAUUCUCCAUGUUAAAAGUGCUGAUCUUGCUCGUCUGAUUUCUUUUCCUCCUCUGAGGAUGAAGGUAAGUGAUGAAAUGUGUGGCAUGGUAUCUUGGCACAAGGUCUUUGACUUAUGUACUUGCAGCAGGGCUUUGGAUCAAGAUGUCAUGUUGCACGUUUUGUCAUUUGUGUGUGUGUGUGUGUGUGUGUGUAUGUGUGUGUGUGUGUGUGUGUGUGUGUGUGUGUGUGUGUGUGUGAAUAUGGCUUGCAUUAGACACUUCUGCCUAAAAACUAGCACUUGAUUGCUAGAAUGGUUUAAAAGGUCCUGGUUCUGACCUCAGCAGGCCUACCUAAAGUGAGAGAAGAACCAAAGAGCACCACAGUGGUGUUAGGACUAACCUAUUCAGCCUGUACUCUCCCUGUUCUGCUUAAUGCUUAGGCUGUUGAGUUCAGGCCUAGCCUAAUUUUAGAGUGUGUCUGCUUCUUUCCCUUGCUCCUUCACCUGAACAACAAAAAGUUUGAGUUUGAGUUUCAUUUUAUUUAUAUGCCGCCCUAUUCCCGGCGGGACUCAGGGCGGUGCACAAACCCAAGGAGGGGAAGGGAAAAACACGAAAACUACAAAAGUACAGGGCAUUUAAAAACAACCAAAAGAAUCUGAACAAUUCAAACAUUUGACCACACUUUAUUGAAACCGUAACUUGAUUGUCAAUACUGUGGCAUGGCCAGGCAGUUUCCAGUCUCAGGCCUGAAUGGACACCUCAGCAUUUCAGUAUGAUAUUGUCCCAGUACUUUAUAAGCUUUCUGUCACCCUACACCAGUGAUAGUGAACCUUUUGGGCACCGAAUGCCUAAAGUGCAUGCGUGCGUGCAUCCAAACUGCAUAUGUGCCUUGUACCUGCAUGCACAACCCACACCCUGUGCAUGUGCCCAUGCCUCGUGCAUGCGUGGCAGAGACCCGAAACAGAACUGGGGCAACGUCGCACAUGUCCACAGAGAGGGCUUUGCGUGCCACAUCUGGCAUGAGUGCCAUAGGUUUGCAACCACUGUCCUAUACAGACUUUAAUAGUGCUGAAAGGCACUGAUCACAUUCUGCUAAGAAAUGCCCAUGUAUGUCUUAGCACUUUUAAGACACAAAACUUUUCAUUCUAAGACACUUCCUGUUCUAAAGUUCUGUCUAUUAGAGUGGAUGAAAAAAAAAGAAGCUGGGUCACUUGAGAAACUAAACAGACAUUAUAUUUUGUUGAAAAAGAAAGAAAGUUUAACCACGUAGCUUGUAGGAUUUUUGUUUUCAUUUUGCAGGCAAGAAAAUUUAUAAAAAAAUAUCCAUUCAACACGAACAGGGAAUCAUUUAUAGUAACUUUGUUAGGAAUGCAUACACUUAGCUUAAAGAAAUUCUCAGUGGCUAACUAAGUCAGUUGAAGCCUUCUUUAACUGCAAUGGACUUGGAUGUAUUGUGGUACUCACAAGAUAGUUCAGGUCUCAUAAACAUUCUAUGGCAUUUACAGCACAAUAAUGGUUGAAUGCAUGCUAUGAUUUCACCAAAUCUCAGAAUGUUUUUUGUUUUGUUUUGCUUAUGAUAAUAAAUAACUAUAUGAAUGUGACAA